AGCCACGCAUAGAUUCCUCCAAAGCUGCGCAUACCUGGUGUGCUCCAGCCCACAAUGGUUUCACCACAGUCGGAAGAGAGGACAUACCAUCCUCAAGAUGCAAUUGCCGCUACUAUCAAGAGCACUGCUCUAACUGGGGGCGUCGGCCUCUUCGCUUCGGCAGUCCAGAAUACCCUCGCGAAACAGAAUGUCGGCCCCCUCGGAAUCUUCGUGCGCAGCGGUGGCACCAUUGCUAUUUUCGCGGCAAUGGGUGGCACAUAUUCCUUCGCGCGAAUUGCUUCUGCAAACCUUCGAGAAAAGGAAGACCCGUGGAACGCAGCUCUAGGUGGUUUCUUCUCUGGCUCUAUUCUGGGACUCCGCGCCCGAACUUUCCCCGCCGUGUUCGGUUACGGAAGCGCCCUGGCUGUCACGCUGGCCGCGUUCGAAUAUACGGGAGGUACCUUAUGGGGACAUGACAAGGACAGGAACGUGGACAAGUAUGAGAAGUUAGAAAAGUUGCGCACAACUUACCGACGGCCCGCGGAGGAAACAAUUUCAGAAAUUGGUGAAGGAAGAGGUAUCUACGGCCCCGGAUACGCGGAUCGUCGACGAGAGAGAAUCAAGGAAGCAUAUGGCAUUGAUGUUCCUGCGACACCACCACCAGCGUCAUAAAAUCGGUGUCUGUUUUAUGUAGAAUACUUCCAUUUCCAUGGGUGACAAGCGGGGUCACUCUGAUGCUUUAUUCUUUUCAUCAUUUUUCUUUCCUACGUAAACGUACAAUCCAUCAGUUUCCUUUCUUGUCGAUCUACAGCCAUAACUGUGGACUUUCCUGCUUCUCUUUUAAGGACCUCGGGAUACAUACAACAUUACUUGGGUAGUCAAUGCAAGACUGCUUCAAUACCAGCCUAAGAAUAGUACGUGGUAUUUAUAAAUCAAUUCAAAAUCUAUCAUUGUGAUCAGUCGAUGCAACUUGUAUGGUGUUAAUGACGUCAAUGUCUGUACCUGAAUCUAAAUACAUGUCGACCUUCUCCUACACAUUGUGAUACUUUGACAGUUUCCCU